UACAACACAAACCCCAUUUCUUUUCUCUUUAUUUUUGGUUAUAUAACUAACUGUGGUAUUGCAUUGAGGGAUUCAGACUAAUGGCAUCAAAGAAGAACACGGUUGUUUUUGAGGACUACUUCCCGGCAAUGAUGGAGAAACUGGGCACUGAGGGGUUUAUGAAGGAGCUGACAAAUGGUUUCAAGUUGUUGAUGGACAGAGAGAAGAAGGUGAUUACGUUUGAGAGCUUGAAGAAGAACUCAGCAUUGCUUGGGUUGGAAGGGAUGAGCGAUGAUGAGAUCAUGUGCAUGCUAAGAGAAGGAGAUACGGAUGGGGAUGGGGCUCUUGAUGAGAUGGAGUUCUGCGCACUCAUGUUCAGGUUGAGUCCUGCUUUGAUGAAUAAUUCUAAGCAACUUUUGGAGGAAGCCAUUAUUAAUGGUCAUUAAGUUUUUCUAUUUAUCCCUUCCAAUGUCCUUUUUUCCCUCUUAGGUGCUUCCUUUUUCUUCUGGGCCUGUUCUGUUCUAUAAUUUGUAAUUGCAGAUUUCAAGUUAGCUUGUUGAAAUCUUAUU